ACUCCUAGGCUGGGCACUAUGAAGGUACUUAUAUGCCUUGGCUCGGGGCUGGACAGGGCCUAUCUCUCCGCUACUGGGUCCCUCUGAGCCUCACCCGUUUACUACUUGCGAUAACGAUAACAGUAUCAACAUAUGUAUUCAGAGAACGAGCACAAGCCGCAGGCCGAGUCAACCAGCGAGUCGUGGUUCGACCAAGCCCAGAAGUUGGGGGAACAAGCCAUGGCCGCGGCGCAACCAUAUGUAGAUACCGCGGUGCAGAAAGUGCACCAGGUCCAAGGUUCCGCUCAGCAGCAUCUGCAGCAGAGCAAGCAGCAGAGCUCGGUCGCGGCUAACAACUUGCAAGUUGACGCGGGGGAGAAGACCGAUAGCGCUGUUAGGGAGGGACAUGAGGAUGUGGAGAAGGCGAAACAAGCGGGGACGAGCUACGUUCAGCAAGCUGCGGGUUUAGCAGGGACUCUGCUUGCUCAAGCGCAGGGGUACGUUGCUGUCGGAAAGCAGAAGGCGAACGAAGCGUUCCAUGCGCAUCCUACCGAUCCGUCCAAGGGAGGAUCGAUCAUGUCCUCCCUGGAAUCGACGACCAACUCAGCUUUUGAAGGCAUGAAAUCCCUCCUCACUUCUGCGCAGGCUCAUCUCCCCCCUACGGCUGCUGCUGCGCUUGAACAAAAGGACGCCGCUGCUGGUCAAGCGCAUGAGAAUGUCGACCUUGCGGGGAGCGCAGCGAAGCCCUAUGCGGAAUCGGCGGCGAACCAACUGGGAGCGGUCCAGGGCUUCGCACAGCCUACCGCAGAUUCUGCAGCUACAGGGGCAAAGCAAGCCCAGGAAUCAGCAUCUGCUGCUCUCGCUAGCUCCAAGACGACAGCUGCAUCGGCAUACGACAGUGCAAAGGGGCAUGUCGCUCCUGUUGGCACUCAUCAGACUGCCGUGGCUCCGAAGGAACCUGCCACACCGGCGGAGAUCAUCGAGGAUGUGAGAACUGAGCCGGUUGACACCAAGUUGGAUACAAUGAAGGAGCAUCUGAAUAAGGAUGGCAUUCAGAACUCGGUUUGAUCUACUUCUUCAUUGGUUUUGAAUUAGUGGGUACAUAUGAUUUGUAUAUUGCAGCGAUUGUACCGUAUAUGAGCU